CCUUCGCGCAUGCUCAGAAGCAAGUGAUUUGUUUACAUAACACUGUCCUUGCCAGGGAUAGUUUAUUUGGGCCUGGUGGAUACAGGCGGACUUAGUGAACAGCUGAAGUUACCUUUCCGGGUAAAUUAUGUCUGUGAAACACGCUAUUAGCCGUGGACUCGAGUUGGGCCGGUCGGUCUUUCAACUGGGUCUCCUCAAAUCGGGUGGCCGAGUCGUAGCAAAGCUCCGAGGCGACCGUUUCCGUGUGCACCCGUCGGUCCGCACCGUUCAGCCUCAGGCUUUCCUGCCGUCUCGGUACCGCUAUUACCGCACCUCUUUGAAGGGCCUGGCCGCUCAGCUUCAGUCCGCCGGCUUCAGGAGGAGGUUUGGUGGUGGCUCCCCGCGAAACAGGGCCGUGUUUUUGGCUUUCGGACUCGGUGUGGGGCUUAUCGAACAACAGCUUGACGAUGACAGAAGGAGUGCUGCCACAUGCCAGGAGAUCCAGGCUGUGUUCAGGAAAAAAAGAUUCCAGAGCCCCCUCAAGCCUUUCCCCUCUGGAUAUAAACUGGAGGAUUACAUUAUUGGGAAUCAGAUUGGGAAAGGCUCCAACGCUGCUGUGUACGAGGCUGCGGCGUCUUUUUACCCACCCAAGGAGAGUAAGAGCUCCCUGGUGCAGCUGAGGGAAGAUGAAGAAGAAAUUAAUGCCACUCGAUCUCUGACAUGCUGCUCACUGAAAAACUUCCCUUUGGCUAUCAAGAUGAUGUGGAACUUUGGGGCUGGAUCAUCAAGUGAAGCCAUAUUAAAAUCCAUGUCACAGGAGCUGAUGCCUACAGAUCCUCUGGCCUUAAAGCAGGAAAAAGAACAAGCCACUCUCGAUGGGCAUUUUGGAGUCCUGUCCAAAAGAGUGUCAGCACACCCUAAUGUUAUCAGAGUGUACCGGGCUUUCACAGCUGACGUCCCAUUGCUACCGGGUGCCCAGGAAGAGUAUCCAGAUGUGCUGCCAGCCAGGCUCAACCCUGUCGGUCUGGGCAACAACCGCACCCUUUUCCUGGUCAUGAAAAACUACCCCUGCACACUGCGACAGUACCUGGAAAUGUCCACACCAAGCCGCAGGCAGGGCUCUCUGAUGGUGCUGCAGCUCCUCGAGGGGGUCGACCAUCUGUGCAGACAGGGGGUCGCUCACAGGGAUCUCAAAUCUGACAACGUGCUGUUGGAGUUUGACUCUGAUGGUUGCCCUCGUUUAGUGAUUACUGACUUUGGCUGCUGCCUGGCCCAGAGUGACUCUAGUCUACAGCUGCCCUUCAGCAGCAUGUGGGUCAGCAGAGGAGGAAACGCCUCCCUUAUGGCCCCUGAGGUGACCACUGCAGUUCCGGGGUGUGGUGUGGUGAUUGACUACAGCAGGGCGGAUGCCUGGGCUGUGGGCGCAAUCUCCUAUGAGAUCUUUGGCCAGCAAAAUCCCUUUUACAGGGCAGUGGGGCUGGAAAGCAGGAGUUACCAGGAGAAGCAGCUUCCUCAUCUUCCUUCCAGUGUUCCAGCAGAUGUGCAGUUAGUGAUCCAGCUGCUCCUCAGGAGGAACCCGGAAAAGCGGCCCAGUGCUCGUGUGGCAGCUAACAUGCUACAUCUUAGCCUCUGGGGACGGAAGGCCCUGGCCAAUCAGGACAGCGUUGGCAUGAGGAAGCUAGUUGACUGGCUGUUGUGCCAGUCUGCUGUGGUUCUGCUAAAGGGCUGCAGUGGACCCAGUGGGAACACGGUGGAGGCGGAGCUUCAGAGGAGCUUCCUGUCUAACCUGGACCUGGAGGAUCUGCGCACUGCUGUGGGUUUCCUCCUGUAUGGGUGGGAGCACCGUCAGGCUUCUAUACUCCCUGCAUCCAACCACUCUGACUCAUUCAGUCACAUGGUUUAGGAAUCGUUUAUAUGGAUAGCCUGGCAGUUUAGAGUUAAAACUUGCUCUUAUAUUCAGUAAGACACCUAUAUUUUUAAUUUUUAGAGUCUUCGCCUUGACAUCUAAUGGCUAUUAAGGCAACCUCCACUUAGCCUAAGCUCUUCCACUAUUCUGCACCAUCUGUGACUGUGACUGUCAGUGUAUUCCAGCAGCCAGUUUGAAAUAUCAAAUGGUGUAAUUCACCUUGUUGGAUUGCCUGAUCCCACCUAAACCAGUGUUGUCUAUUGCUGCUGAAAUCGAUGAUUUGAAUUUCCUAGAUUAGCUUGUGCUCCAACAAAAUUAGCAUCACUAUGGCAUCGGCAGGAGUUCAUGCUACAUGCAACAGGUGCUGCAAGUGCAUUGCAUCACGGACUUCUGAGGCUACUGUUGGCAGAGAAAAAAUAUCUUAAUGAUUAAUUUCUCUUUAAAUGAGUGUUGUUCGUCAGCACCAUACAACCAGAUUGUACCAGUGGGUGAUGUUUCUAAGAGUGAAUGUUUUCUUUUACAAGCUCUGAUGAACUUUGGAGAUAGGGAAGACAUUACUGUCAUACAGUUGUUAACCUGUGUGUUUGAUUAAAAUUGGUCUGUGUAGAAAUUUUACACUAAAAGGUGAAGGCCAAUAAUGGAUAUUUUACAUUAGAGUAAAUGGUACUAUACUGUGAAAACCUACUGUGUAGAGUGACAGUAUACUUUUCACAGAUAACAUGCAACCUUUAAACACGUGGUGCGUCCAUCAAACAGACAGCAGAAAACAGCUUGCCAGUGGGUGUGUAAUGUUGUGAGCCAAACACUUACUCGCCCAUUCUGUACUGCAUGUAAAAUCCUCCCCACCAUGUUACUACUCAGUUUGCACAGUGAUGAUUGUUGAUAGCAUGGAUGUGAUUUUGUUUUUUUGUUGCUAUGUUUGCACUAUGAAAGACACGGAAGGUGUCAUGCUGUUAAUAUAAAACUAGGAGAAGGUGUUCCUAUUGCACCUCUGCAGAGCUUUCUUGCCGACUGUGUGAGCCCUUUGCAGAGGCUUGAAUACAUUUAGAAAGACAAACUCAAUUUUGUGAUCUGUAUGUUAGAUUUCCACCACCAGUGACAUAACCCUUCACCGUAAUCUGUUAUCAAAACAAGUCAUGUUAAGCCUACAAUUUUGGCACCUUGAAUAAAUAUAAUAAUGUGGUGAGUUAGUGAUCCAAGAUUUUGAGUGUGUAUGUUUUCAUAUUAAAGAUGAUGAGAAAUAGUUUGGAUAUAUGUAGAUUUUUCUGCUGUGUUUCAGAAUAAAAGUAACUGUCUGAA